AUGUCGCACCCAGUCUCCUUGGAAAUGAAAGCUCGAACUGUCUUUAGGCACGACAGCUGCCCUGCCAGAGGAUUGGUUUCAAUCGGCGAUGGCCUCGAGGCGACAGCCGCAGGUCGGCCGCGACAUCGGAGCGCCACCCACGUUCAUGCCUUAUCUCCGGCAAGGCCAGCACCCUACAUCGGACGUAACAAGCGCGCCUUUCGAGUGAUUCAUUAA